AUGCUGCCACGCCCCCUCGCGCUGGCCGGGUGCCUGCGGGGUGAAGGCGCGGUGGUCUCUGGGUUGUACUGCAUUUUUGUCCUAUUCGUCUUCUGGGUGCCUAUCUUGUGGCUGAUGGACCUAGUCCCUGAGUCAGCACUCCAAGAAAACAGAUAUACUUUGUUCUAUGGCAAUUACAAUGGCAGGAGCUUAGUGAGUUUGGAAAAAAAGUGGAAGAUGUUUAAAGUGAUUCCCAGACCUUUGGUGUGCCACUUUGAUUUCUACUGUGUCACUUGUGUGGUGUUGAGGAGCUCACAAAUCCCACAGGGCUCUGGCCUCAGUAAUAUCGAUUGAUACCCCCAAGAUCUCCAGAUGAAGCAGGCCCCUGUCCAAGGCUCUGAGGCAGAUGUGGGGAACACCAUCACAUGA